GGGACAAAGAGAGUAGUGUUGAUUUCUGAACCUCGUUUCAGUCUGCCUUUAAUCUUCGUCUUACCAUCAUCGGUGGAAGAAGAAGGAUUAAGGUCAAGGGAAAAGGGACGAGAGGAAGAGGGAAGGGGAAGAUUCAGGAUGGCUGGAGAAGAAGAAGAAGAAGAAGAAAAGAUUGCAGCCUUCAAUCUCGUCAAGAAAUCAGAUACGUGCGAGAGAUGUGACGGGUCGACCGCAGCUUGGCUCAUGGAGAACGCCCCUGCCUCUCCAUCUCCCAUCUGUAGUCCUAGCCGCUUAUCUUGCUCGAGCCCAAGGGAGCUCCUCCUCCCUCGGGCUUCAACCGAGCUUCCUGUUCUUUCAUGCCGAAGGAGCCAGAGCACCUGUGUUACAUCAGACAAUAACGGGUCACAAAAUGAUAAAACAGGAGCAGGGAAAGAGAAGAGACGGUUUUCUUUCUCUAGAUGCUCUUACCAGCACAAGCUGCGGCAUUACGGUUUCUACCCGAAGAAGUUUAUAGGAAGAAAUGUCAUAGAUCGAGCAGUUGCUUCUGAAGUCAAACCAGGCCGCCAUGCAAAUCCUUUACCUAUCCGAACAAGAGGAGUGACUUUCUGCAAUGAAUUUGAUAUCAAUUCUUCAGCAGAUAACCGGUCAAGAGAUUCCAAUGUUGAUAGUGAAUCGCAGGAUAUGAGCUUGUCUCCUACUAGUGAAGAGCAAAGGGACAUUCCAAGGGUUUCUUUUGCAUCUGAGCUCACUGUUUCUGAAGGAGGGUAUUUGGAUAGCGGUGGAAGUACAUUUGAGAGCUCAAGGAAUGAAAGUCUAGUAGACGGCGACGGUGAUUUUCCUUCCCCAUGCAGCAAACGUCAUGGGAGAUGCUUUCCACAUUCUGCUCUAAACAGUGAAAAGAAGGACUCGGCUGACAAGCUUAACGUAUGGAAGCAAGCACAGACUGAAAAGCUUGUUACUAGUUUAAGGAAGAAGGAAGGUGCCAUCAAUGCAUGGGAAGCUGAGCAGACCAACAAAGCCAGAACCCACAUGACGCAAAUUGAGAAUAAAUUGGAAAAGAAAAGGUUGAAGUCAUUCACAAAGAUGCAGAAGAUCAUCAGCAAUGUCCAAAAGAAGGCCGAGGAGAAAAAGGUCAAAGAGAGGAGAAUCUGCUUGAGGAAGAUCUCGAAGCUCAACACUGUGUCUACGAAGUUCAGUGCUUCUCGCAAGCUUCCAUGGCUGCUCUUGUUUUUCUGAUUUCUCUUCGAAAUGAUCAUACGGUACACUGGAGA